CUUCGUAUUAAUACUGAUAGUAUUGAAAAAAGUAACUAUGAUUAUAAUUAUCUUAUGCAGCAAUCUGAAAGUCCUAUUACGGAGGAAUCUCCUAAUUCUCUUAACUCUAUUAGAUCUUUAGCCAAUGAAAAUUUUGAAUUUACAAAAUUGCAGAAAGAACUCAUAUUAAUUGCUGAAUAA